AUGAAUGUACCGUACGCCUCCCGAAGUGGACUCCUCGACGCUCGGGGCCAGCCGAUCCAAUCGGGACUGAGCUCGCCCAUCGCCCUGGACUUCAAAAAGGACGGCAUCGUGGUGUUCUCGGGAGGCACGGCGGCCAAUUUUCUGGUGGACGUCUUCAACAAGAUCGUCGAGCGGCGCGGGUGCCCGCUCACAUACGUCAUUCCCAUCAGCGACAAUGGCGGAAGCUCGUCUGAGUUGAUUCGUGUGUUGGGAGGACCGAGUUACCCAAAUGCUAACGAGUGUCAAUUACCAGGCGUCGGCGAUAUAAGAAGUCGACUCGUACGUCUCAUUCCAAACCAAGAGAAUGAGGAGAAUACGGCCCUCAGGGCACUGUUUGAACAUAGGCUGUCUGCAGAUCCGGGGAGGGCCAAGUUGGAAUGGUUAGACAUCGUCGAGGGAAACCACAUCCUAUGGACCUUCAUCUCAAGCCCCAAGAGGGAGCUGAUUCGUUCCGUGCUAAACACGCUCAAUCUUGAGGUUGUCAAGCGGUCUCGACCGACCUCGCUCUUUAACUUUUCCAAGGCUAGCGUGGGAAAUAUGGCACGAUUGUUCUCGGGGUCUUUCGAGGCGGCAAUAUAUCUACUGGCCAUGAUAUGCAGCAUCCCCACAACGGUGUCGGUACUGCCGGCCAUCAACUCCAACUUCACUCACCACAUCGCAGCCUCACUCGCCGACGGCACGGUGCUAACAGGCCAAGUCGCCAUCUCGCAUCCGUCAGCGCCGACAGCCGUACCCGACUCCAUGGCGGCUGCUGCUGCUGCCGCCGCCGCCACUAAUUCGCUGAGCCCAGCAGCGGCAACGCAACAUCCACAAUGCCUCGAACCUACCGGCGCAGCAGCCAUGGCCCGGCUCGCAGCGGCGGCCGAGGCGCUCAACACGGAAGACGCGACGCUGCCGGGCUCUCUGCCGGUGCUACGAUCGCACAACAUCAGCUUCAGCAAGGACGACGAGGAGGAUCUGCCGGCGCGGAUCGGGCGGGUCUGGUACAUAAAUCCCUACGGGCACGAAAUCUGGCCUGUGGCCAACCCAAAGGUGCUGGCGGCGCUGCGAGGGGCCGAGGCCGUGGUCUACUCCAUCGGCAGCCUAUACACGAGUAUCAUCCCCAGCCUGAUCCUCAGGGGCGUCGGUGCGGCGAUCGCGGGUGGUGGCGCUGCGGCAGCCACCAAGGUCCUGAUACUGAACAGCUCCGUCGAUCGGGAGACAGGCCCCAAGGAGAAUCCGAUGAGUGCGGUGGAUUUCGUGAUUGCCUUGACGAAGGCCGCAUCCGGGGGGGAGGGCGGGGAGAAGGAUGCAAGAAGAUAUGUCACGCACCUGGUGUAUUUGGAUGGUUAUGAGGCCGAUUAUGGGGAAGGGAGCGCGCAACCGCACAGUGCAACGGGUGAACUGGCCCCCGUGGUGGAUGAGGCGGCCCUGGGAGCUAUGGGGAUCGUAUGCGUCAAGGUCAAGGGAAGGCUGGACACAUCUAGGGAUGCAGGCGGCGUAAGGAGGUACGAGGAGGGAGAAUUGACGGCGGCGCUAGAGAGGAUAUUGGAGAUGUAG